AUGAAACUCGCGCAUUUAGUUACAAUAUGGAUCACGAUCUACGGUUGCAACGCCUAUCCAGGUAUGGGACAAGGGAGACUGAAGGAUAUUCUGAACAUGCGAGGAGAUGACAACACCAAUCAAGUCGAGAUGAUUGGGGACCUCACUUCGCUCGCAGACCACGAGCUGUCAGAUGUCGGACGCUCCGUGAAGAAUAUAUUGCAGGGCAAGGACUCGCCCGAAGACGUCACGUCCACCUACACAAACGUCCCUGCCAAGGACAGCCAACAGUGUGCCAGCGAUCCCUGCUGCAUCUGGGAGUACAUUAAGCGCGACAUGUACGCCAAGUUCCAUGGCGACUCGGGCCGUUGCACAAAGCAUGCACGGGCAGCUGUCCGUCUAGGUUUCCACGACGCCGCUAGCUGGGAAAAGGGAGACACAUUUGGCGGUGCAGAUGGCAGCAUCGUCUUAGCCAAUGAACUAACCCGGGCUGAAAACGACGGACUCCAAGAUAUUGGCAUUAUUGUUCAGGGCUGGUACGACACGUACCACUCCAGGUACGGCGUUGGAAUGGCGGACCUAAUCCAGAUGGGAGCCACCAUUGCCACCGUCACUUGCCCUCUUGGGCCGCGCAUUCGCUCGUAUGUUGGGCGCAAAGAUAGCAGCCAAGCCACCAACAAGGGACGUAUGCCGGAUGUCCAUGCCUCUGCAGAAAAUCUUGUCGCGCUGUUUCAAAACAAGACCAUCACACCAGAGGCACUUGUUGCUCUCGUGGGUGCCCACACAACUUCCCAGCAGCACUUUGUCGACGAGACCCGUGACGGCGCGCCACAAGAUAGUUCACCUGGAGUAUGGGAUAUCCUCUUCUACGGAGAGACAAAGAGCGCCACAGUGCCACCUCGGGUCUUUAGAUUCCCCAGUGACAUUGCAUUGUCCAAACAUGAAUCCACGGCCGCUACUUGGAACACAUUUUCCACGGCGGCGGGGCAAGCAGCCUGGAACAACGACUUUGCCCGAGAGUAUAUUCGAAUGAGCAUGCUCGGCGUAAACAAUAUCAAUGACCUGACAGAGUGCACAAAGGUACUACCGAUGCCGACAACUAGUUUCAAGCCACCAGACCAAGAAGCAUUACAGCAGUGGCUGCAGGGCAAAGACACCCCUAAGAAAGAUGCAGGGGCGGCCUUAGAGGACGGCAAAGCCUUGACUUUGGUCCAAGGCGUGCUAGGCGUUGUUGGCGAUGUUGGUGAUGCCGUCGGUGGCAUUGUUGGUGGGAUAGGUGGGAUCAUCGGAGGAAUCGGAGAUGGAAUAGGUGGAUUGAUUGGAGGGCUUCUUCCGUGA